AUGGGCCCUCACCUCCAACUAGCAUCCUUUGUAUUGGGAUUCUGUAUCCUACAUCAGGCCAUAGUCAGUACUCAAAGUAACCUGGAGAUCAAAGACAUCUGUGUCGGCUCGACCUACAAGAGCAUUAAGGAGGAGGGACAAGGGGCGGUUUUGGAGGUGGGGCCAAACACUGUCCCAGCAUGGAACCCAUGUGUGAUGAGAGUUGAUACAUGUGCACACUGUAGGAUCAAGGUAGAGCCCUAUGGAAAAGAUUUCAGUCUAUUGGGCUGCAACAGAAACUACGAUGAUACUGGCAAGUCCUGUCCUUCAGGAUGUCAGUACCUGUAUAUUUUUGACCAGUUUUACAAAAAUCAGACAAUGAGCUUUUAUAAGGAUAGUUCCAGCACCAGUUGGAAUCUACCCUUUGUGUCAGAGUCAAGUGUCGUAUUUAUAGGAUUCUGUCAUGGCAGUGUACCCCUCAACAGGACUAUACAGCUGCACUAUUCCAUACAAGCUAAAGAAGAACACUAUGGAGGGGCAAGUGAUAUGUCUACAUCAGGGGAAAUAUCUUCACCAUUCUUCCCGGACCUCUACUCAUUGAACUCCGAAUAUUACAGCUACAUCAUUGAGAGUAUCAAUCAUAACGACUUUGUCUACCUCAUCUUUACAGACUGGGAUAUAUCACCCACUAGUGGAGUGUUUGUUGAGUGGGGAAAUUCAGAGGCCUUGUACAGAUAUAUUGAUGAUCGACCAGUAAUCAUGGCAGAUUCACAUAGAGUUAAAAUUGUGUUUGACACUGGAUAUGAGUAUCAACAUGGAGUGCUGAGGUCUAAUAUGGGCUUCAGAGUCAGAUAUAAGUAUAUCAACUCUGAUGUAGAAUAUAAACCUGUUCCAUCAACAAAUUGUGGAGAGUAUAGAUUCAGCGGUGGAGGAAAACUUUCACUGGACACGUCUACUACUAUCAAUUAUAAGUACUAUGACUGUGUAUGGGUGGUCCGUACUGCAUCUGGGUAUACUGACACCCUGCUUAACCUCCUCGCAUUCUCCAUUGGAUCCUCUGGUUAUGAUGAUUAUAUAGAGAUUUAUGGUGGCUUGUCCUCUAAGGGCACGUUCAUGGCGCGUAUCCGUAGUGGGGAAUCCAUUACCAAGUGGCAGUACAAGCACGCUGAAGGUUUCUAUAUUCACUUGUUUGGAAAGUUUGGACGGCUGGAUAAAGUACAACUUUCCUUUGUUUCUCUAAACAUGGAAAAGUUGUGUAGCGGCACUAAUAAUCUAUGGCGCUGUAACAAUGGCUAUUGCAUUUCUUCAACGUACAAAUGUGAUGGUAUAGAUCACUGUGGAGACAACUCGGAUGAACAAUAUGGGUGUUCAGGAAGUGGGUCCCCAUGGCAGAAAAGCAAUCAGCAGACACUGGCUUUCAGUGUGGUCAUUCCAGUGGUCAUCUCUGUCUUCCUCAUCAUUAUAUUGUUUGUACUGUUCCUGCUGGUCAGGCGGUACCGCCGUGCACAGAGAGAAGUGAUCCGCCGUGCCACAGAGGGACUUCCAUCCAUCAGUGAAGAUCUGUCCCACCCACAUGGACGUCGGAGACGGCGGCGACACCGGGGGGUAAUUGGAGAGGACCUGCCCCCAGCAUAUGAGGAGGCGAUACGUUCCCCACCUAUGUACCCGGACAUUAGUUUAGACCCACCUGGCCCAGGUCACUGGAUGCUUCCAAAACCUCCACCAUAUUCGGAAUCUGUAAAUGCUCCCAUGGGACCUGCCAUUCCUACAUGUUUUGAAGGAGUGGAAGCUGUGUCCUCGACAGAAUGUCGUCACAACUCCAACACAUCCUCUGACUCCAGUGAGUCUGAGCAGUGGGAUGGACCUCAUAUUCAUCACCUGACUGAUGAUAGCUCAGAUGCGUCCCCUAUUCCAAGGGUUCGCGCCACACACUCUUACAGCACUUCUUACAGUUCUGAGUCUUCAUUUGAGAAUUCUCUUACUCCAAGGCAAGUAAGAUAUGCUGGCACAGAAACUGAGACCACAGAUCUGCCUUCAAGGAGCAGAGAUGGGAGGGUUCCUAUCCAACAGGAGCAGGAGGGGCUAUCAGAGUUACCUAUCAGACAGCGAUUGAUACCCGAAGCAGAGGGCCCAUCUCAGGACACAAACAGACAUCACAAGGACAACCAGACAGAAAGACAUCAAAAGGACAACCAGACAGAAAGACAUCACAAGGACAACCAGACAGAAAGACAAACAGACUCUCAUCAAGGUCGGUCUACCGAGAGGCGUAGUGAACAGCAUGGGUUAGACUUAUCAGCUAGACGAUGGACAGACAGACGUCAUGCUACAUCAACAGAGAGGCAGGCUGAUAGAGUUCAUCGGAACAGACAAACAAACAGACAUCAACAAAGCUUGUUAACAGAAAGAGGAGCAGAACAUCAUUUUCAAGAUCAUCCUCGGGACAGACAGACAGUUAGACGUGAUGAUGUUAGACGAAACUUAUUUAAGUCUUCAGCAUCUUCAUCUCAUAAACCACUAAAUAAAGCACAGACUAAACCAAAGCGUGAUGAUCAUAAUAAAAAUAGAACUUCACCUGCAAAGGUACAAACAAGCCAUAUUGACAAUGGUAAAGAAUUAAAAUUGUCAGAUGUUCAAAAGCAAACAAGGCCACAGCCAGGGGAUGCGACGUGUCCAGUACAGGCCCUUCAUGUUGGGGAACAAUCAGGUGGGAGGCCCAGUCAGUAUCAUACCAGCAUGCCCAACAUAGCAGAUCCCCCCUCCCUCUCUAGGCCAGGCUUCCAGUCACUCAGUAACUUCAGCAGUGCAGGAGUGAUUCAGGAGGCUACUGCCAUGUCUGGAAAUAUCCAGCCCAAACAUAGGCAGUAUGCCAAAUCAUUGGAAAACAUCUCCCAGGUAGCAGGCUCUCAGGCACUGCGUCCAUUCCUGUUUGACAGCGAUCUGGAUCAUGUUCAGUCAGGAAAGCGGGACAGGGCCAAUCGGAAUUCCUGGUCUCCAAGGGAACCAGUGUCUAGGCAGAUGUUUGAAGAGAACCCUGGUUCACGAGAGGCACUCUGUGGUGACAGUAACACCCUAGUUGGGAUGGAGGAGUUUAACACUUCGUCAGGCUGUGUUAAUGCUGCAUUCUGUGAGUCGCCUACCAGAGAAAUGCCUCCUGUUUCUGAACAAAGAAAUCGUAACUUGCCACAAAGUAUACCAAACAUGCAUGUGUCCGUCACCACUUCUAAUAGCUCAGGUUCAAGGUCACAUGUUCGACAGCAGCCCUGUAUUAACCUCAGAUCUGAAUCAACUGAAGAUGAGUGUUAUGCUUGA